GAUGGGUCUCUGUGUUAGGUUUCACUCCCAUCCUUGGAUUCCUUGACGAUGGAAGGACUUCCCAAUCUUAAAGAGAUAUGGAGCGAUGAAUCUCCAUUGGAGUUGAGCAAUCUCCAAUCUCUCGAAUUGGUGGGGUGCGAAUCUCUCUUGAAAGUUAUGAACUCCACGUCGUUGUUAAAACUACACAAGUUACACACUUUAACUAUCGAAGAUUGCGUUUUGAUACAAGAAAUUUUUGACCUUGAUGGACCAAGUGGUAGUGGAAAUCUUGAGACUCUCUCUGAGCUAACCACCAUCUCUUUACGGGGAUUGCGCGACCUGAGGCGCAUAUGGAACAAGAAUCCUUGUGGAAUAGUGACUUUCCAUGAUUUAAAGAAGUUAGAGGUGGAUCACUGUGACAACCUCGAGUUUAUAUUUUUCCCAUCCAUGGUUAAAAGUCUCACACAAUUGAGAGAUCUAACAGUACGAGAUUGCGAUAAUAUGGAGGUGAUCAUCACGGAGGAAGAAGGGUUUGGAAUGGAAAUAUUAGAAACUUUGGCAUUCACGAUGUUAACCAAUUUAUGCUUAACAAGGUUGAAAAGUCUGACGUGUUUCUCUCGCGGAAAGUGUUCACAAGAAGCUCGGAGUCAGGAUCGCGUCCAAUCACGCUCUACUGUACUCUUCGAUCGAGAGGUUGCCUUACCGAGAUUGGAGACAUUAGAAAUCACUGGCUUGGGUAACCUCGGGUUUAUGUUUUCCCCAGCCAUGGUUGAAUCUCUUGCACAACUAAAAAAAAUAACAGUAGGGCAUUGCAAGAAGAUGGAGGCAAUCAUUACGGAGGAAGAAGGGUUGGGAAUGGAAACAUCAGGAACUCUGGCAUUCCCGAUGUUAACUGAUUUAUCCUUAACAUAUUUGGAAAGUUUGACGUGCUUCUCUCGCGUAAAGUGUUAUCGAGAAGCUCAGAGUCAGAACCGCAUCAAAUCACGCUCCACUGCACUCUUCAAACGAGAGGUUGCUUUUCCUAGCUUGGAGACCUUAUAUAUCGGUGGCAUGGAUAACAUCGAGAUGAUAUGGGACAAUCAAGUUGCUGCGGAUUCUUUCUCCAAGCUAAAAUGGCUGUUUGUGGAUGAAUGCAAUAAACUUGUGACCGUUGUUCCUUGUUCCAUUCUAGGAUGGCUCUUGUGCCUGGAAAGUUUGAGUGUAGAAGCAUGUGGUUCGCUUGAAGUUGUUUUCGAACUUCAACCAGCGAAUCCUCUAGAUGGAGGACAUCCAGUUGCUCUUCCGUUAAAAGAGCUAACAAUAUCAAGAUUACCAAAGCUGAAGUGUGUAUGGGAUAAGAAACUCCACCAUCAAGUUAACUUCCAGAUUCUGCACUUUGUUAGCGUUUCCAAAUGCAAGAGCCUCACCUCUUUGUUUCCAGCCUCAAUAACCAAAGAUCUAAUCCAACUCGAGGAGUUGGAAAUCGCUGAAUGUGGCAUUGUGGAACUCAUUGAGAAGGAAGGGCUAUUUCCCAGGUUUGAUUUCCCAAUGUUAACCUCCCUCGAGCUUAAGCAUUUGACAGAGUUGAAGCGCAUCUACACCGGAACACAUGCCUUACAUUGGCCAGCAUUGAAGACCUUGGAGGUCCAUGGCUGUAACAAAGUGGAGAUACUUGCUUCGCAACCUGAGAAUGAGAUGCCACUUCAUAAACACCCUCUCUUCUUGAUAGAAAAGGGCGCAUUCCCUAAUCUUCGAGAGUUAAAAUUGGAUUUAUCCGAACAGAUGGAGAUAUGGCACGGGCAUUUUCAUGAUGAAGAAUUCUUCUGCAAGCUUAGAGUUCUUGAGAUUCGUCAUCUCUCAAACGAAUGUGCAAUAUCCACAUGUCAUUUCGUUGAGAGUUUAACCAACUUGGAAGAGCUAGUUGUACGUGAAUCUUAUCUUGAAGAGCCAACCAGCAAUGUGGAAGCCAUAGAAGGCCCAAGUCAGGAGCUAAAAGUAAUAUUACCCUUUUCAAGAUAUAUUCAACAUCUGAAGACUCUAAAUGUGUCGCAUUGCGAUGGAUUAUCAAGUAUGUUCACACCAACAAUAGCUGGAAAUUUGGUGGCACUCACAAAAUUGAGGAUAAGUAAUUGUAAAACGUUGACAGAAGUCAUUAGUGAUGAGGGAAGUAAGGAGGGGCAUGUAGUGGCUUUCAAUCAUUUAGAGUGUAUGGAGCUUGAUGGGUUGAUAAGGUUGAGAUGCUUUGGCUCAGGUGGAUACACUUUGAUGUUCCCUCUUCUGGAAGAUGUCAUUGUGACUAGAUGUCCUAACAUGGAGUUUUUCUCUGAGGGACCAAUAAAGGCGUCGAAGUUAGAGAGAGUAAAAGUAUCAACAAAAGCGUGGUUUUGGAAGGAAGACCUCAACAUCACCAUCCAAAAUAUGUUUGAAGAAAUGGGUAUGUUUGCUGGAGUAAAGAAAAUGCUACUAUCUGAGCUCGACGAUCUGAUUGGAAAAUGGCAUAGCGAACUUAAUCCCAUCGAGUCGUCUUGGCAAUUAGAAUCACUGGUGGUGGAUAAAUGUCCAUCAUUUAUUAAAGCAAUUCCAUCCAAAUUGAUGCUUGUUUUAGACAAUUUGUGUACAUUGCAAGUGCGCGAUUGCGAGUCGCUAGAAGAAAUACUCGAUUUAGAAGGGCUAGAGGCUGUGGAAAGCACUCGGGUGCUGCCUUGGCUAUGUGAAUUGAACUUGGUUAAUCUACCAAAGUUGAGGCGACUAUGGAACAAAGAUCUUCAAGAAUCGUUGCGCUUCAAUUCUCUAGAUAUUCUCAUUCUUUAUAAUUGCAGCAACUUGGGACAUGCUUUCACUCCAUCGAUGGCUUGGUGCCUUGCCCAUCUAACGAAAAUUGAAAUAAAGGAGUGUGGUCAGAUGGAAGGAGUGAUCACAGACGAAGAAGGGCAGGGAAGCGCGGUGGAGAAGGUUACAUUCCCGAAUUUGGAAUACUUGACGCUGGAAUGCUUGCCCAAUUUGACUAGUUUCCUCUUGGGAAAGAAUCAUACGCUGGAAUGUCCCCAAUUGGAAGAGUUGACCAUUGCCCAUUGCCCCAAGAUGAGAAGUUUGACUUGGCAAUCUUUGAUGGAGAUUGACCACAGCACCCCUUCGCUUUUCACUCCACAGGUACAAUUUCCUCAACUUAAGUCGAUGGUUCUCUCCCACAUGGACAAUUUAAGCAAAAUAUGGACCAACGGUCCUCAAGAAACUCUCACUUUUGACUAUUUAGGGGAAGUGGAGGUUCAAAAUUGUAAGAGCCUUGAAAAUUUGUUUCCGCAUUGGGUGGCUACAAGUCUUACCCAACUUAAGAAACUUCGAGUGGAGUGUUGUGGGAUCGAGGAAAUAGUCGCUAGUGGAGAUGACACUCCACACUCCAAUAUUGCUCAAGUUCUUUUCCCGAUACUAACCUCUCUAGUGUUGCACGAUAUGUCACGGCUCAAGAGCUUUUGCCCUAAUUUCCCCACUUUGAAUUGGCCAUUCAUGGAGGAAUUGCGAGUGACGCACUGUGACAAACUAAACACGUUGUCCUUUGCAACAUCCAUGAACAAUUGGGCUCAAAGAGAUGAUCAACAGGACCUUUCAUACCAAGAAGCAGAGUCUUCAUUUGAGAGGGACUUUCCCAACUUAAAGAGACUUUUAAUAGUCGAUAAAGAUGUUCAAAUGAUACGGGAUGGAAAAUUUCCCGAUGAUAUCUUUGGCAAGCCAAAAGCGUUAACAUUGGCAUGCUUUCAUGAUGAAAGUGCCAUCUUUCCUUCCAGAUUCCUCCUAGAGAGAUUUCAGAAUUUACAAAGCCUUGAGAUCUUUUGUUGCUCCUUUGAAGAUAUAUUCCCCGACAAAGGGCUUGUUGACGAGGGAAAUCAUCCGGUGCUUAAAAAUCUAAGAGAACUUAAGUUAACCAAGCUGCAUAACCUAAAACGUUUAUGGAGAGAAGACUACUUAAUGGCGAAAAUUCUUCAAGGUAUCGAAAAAUUUGAGGUUUGGGAUUGUUCCUAUUUGACAACAUUAUUUCCCGCCGUGACAUCCUUUCACAAUUUGAGGGAGUUAGUGGUGAAGAAUUCCUCUGGGUUGAUACAUUUGAUAACAGCUUCAGCGGUCACAAAUUUGGUGCAUCUCACCGAUAUGACUAUAAUAGGAUGUGAAAAAAUGAAAGAAGUAGUGGCAAACGAUGAAAAUGGAGAAGGAAAAGUGAUUUCUCUUGGGAAGUUAAGUAGUUUGACGCUCCAAAAUCUGCCAAGCCUAGAAUGCUUCUCCUCUGCCGCAAGUUGCAGCUUCAAGUUCCCAUCCUUGUGGGAGAUUGAAGUGGAAGAGUGCCCGAAAAUGAAAAUAUUUUCUAAGGGUAUGCUGAGCACACCAAAGCUGUAUUGGGCCACACUGUUCAGAUACAAGUGGGAUGGGGACUGGAAGAGGCGUGAUCUCAAUGCGACCAUACAAAAGUUAUCAGCAUAGACAAAUGCACAUAAAAUUAGUAAGAUCCAAUUAAUGUCAUUCUCCUCCGUCAUCAUCAUUAUUAUUUUAUUAUUAUUUUUGCGGCACCAUAAGUUUUUACAUUUUAUUAUCUUUUCAACUUUCUUGUCACUGAUGAAGGGGAGGGCAAGUGGCGCAAAUGGAGAGAGAGAGAGAGAGAGAGAGAGAAAAGUAAAAUGGCAGCCACGUGUGAUCAGCAUCAUCAACCCCCAUCGAUCUCCCCUCCUCCAGCAGUGCUGAACUGAAACGUUUAUCCCAAAAAAGAAACGAUUUUUUUCUCGCGACAAAGCUCAACAGUGCGCCGCUCCCUCCCACCAUUUCCUGAAGAAGAUCAGGGUUUCUCGUCGUCGUCGCCGCCGGAGAGAAGACGAAAGUGCGACGCCGGAGAUGGCACCGCCGAGCCUGGACGAACUCGAAUCCGGCAAGCUCUCUGCUUCUGUUCAAUUCAUCACGCAACAAAUUCGGGAAAUCAAGCAAAUUGCGGCUCUUAGGUAAUUAGACAGGUCAUGGACGGUGAAGCUAAGGAGCUAUGGAUGCGAUAUGUUUGGAGGGAAUACCAAAGAGGUUAGUGAGAAAAUAUGGUGAGAAUCUCUCAAAAACUUGCUUCUGAGAGGAUGGUGCAAUUAUUUGGCCUGUGGAAUUGGAAGAACGUGAUGAAAUGGUUUGGCUAUCAAAGGGUUGGAAUGAAUUUGUAGAGCAUUACUCUAUCUGCGGGGGCCAAUUUUUGGUCUUCAAAUCUGAAGGGCACUCCAUUUCCUUUGUAAUCAUUGAUUAUUGCACAUCUGAGAUAGAAUAUCUGCCAACAAAUGCUGAUAUGAGGAACCAGGCCUCGACAAUUGUGGAUUUGUCUCGCAGAAAGUGAAUUGCAUUCACCCAAGUGUCCUCAACUUUGUAAGGCAAGUAAUCUCAUCAGGUUUGCGAAGUUCAUGGCCGUUAUUGUGUACAAUCAUCAGCACAGGGUUUGGGGAGAGACGGAAGUUCGAACUGCUCAUCAUGAGAUUUUCAAGGUAAAGCUGAAAGAGACGGGUUUGUGCAAAGCUCUCGAACUGGCCAGCACAUUUAAACCUGAGUAUCCUUUCUUCCAAAUUGCGGUGAGGUGGAUAUAUCUGAAGAAAAGCAAUGUGAGAGUUCCUGGUUCAUUUUCAAAGACGCACAUCAAGAAAAGUCCGCAGACCAUGGCUCUCAUAUUUCAAGACAAAUGUUGGCCGAUGAAGCUCAUCAGCCAUGAACAUUGUGGAAAGUUAUCUGCCAGUUGUGCCACAUUCACGAGAGAAACUUCUCUGAACUGAAGGGGGGGAGAUAUACGUGUUCUAGCUCAUUAGAGGGGACAAUAUCGUAUUCGGAGAAUCCAUCUUCAGAACCAAUGAUACGACCUGGGUGAAUAAUACUAUGCAAAAGGACACAGCAGAGGAAGCAUCCUUUAGCUCACAUUAGGGGAGAACAUAACUUCAGAAUUGCUAGGCUAAAAUGUACUUGUGAUUCGGCAAAUCGGAUAAAAGCGUGGAGUUCUGUUCUAAUGAA